CAUUCUGUGUUCCAUCUCCAUGGAGAUACUUGCAGGCCACCUUAAUCUCUUUUUUCCAAAGCCUAAUUCAUCAAAUUACUUUGUAAAUCCAUCUACCCACUCCAUCAAUUUCUCUCUAAAUCUUCAUUCUAGGCAAGAAGAAGAUGCAUAAAACUUGGGUAAUUAAAUUGGUACUGAUGGUUGGGGGUCAUCAAGAAGUGGAAAUCAUUUAUGCUAACUUUAUUUUUUGGGCACCUUCUUCCAUUCCAACCAUAUUAGUAUCUCAGAUUUCCUUCUCCUUACCUGAUCUGAAACUUCAAUAAAACUUCUGUCUUUUUCUUUUUUGGACCAUCAAUAAAGUUUCUGUUAGUGAGGAAUUUUAUUUUCUUGGCUUCGAACUAUCAGGAAAAAUGAAGAAAGAGAACCACCAAGGAAGAAGAGGGGCAAACGGCAAAAGAUCCGUUUGGAUUUGAGUUUACUAAUUUGAGAGUUGAUUCAAAAUGGCACAAAUGAUGAAUAGAAACAAAUUAAAAAUUAUUUCCUUUU